AUGUUAAAUAUUAAACCUUUGAGUACGCAAUUACAAAAAAUUGCUGAAUUAGAAUUGGGUGAAGUGCCAGAACGAAUACCAACCGAUUUGGAUGCCCUAAAACAAUGGCUGGAACAACAACCCCAUUUAAAAGUUAAUCAAGAUAAUCAAUUUCUCAUACAAUUCCUAAGAGGUUGUAAAUAUAGUCUGGAGAGAGCAAAAGAGAAACUGGAUCGCUACUAUACUCUAAUGACCAAAUAUCCGGAAAUAUUUCUAACGACAAAUGUUGAUGAUAUUACAUUUCGACGUAAUCAUAAUUUGGGAAUCUUAAUACCCCUGCCAAUGCCUCUAAAUGACUUCGGUCCACGCAUCAUGAUGUUCCGUUUUAGUUAUUCACCCAAAAAUGCCCCCAUUGAAGAUGUUUUUCGUUCCGUUAAUGCAAUACCCCAAGUUUUGUUGGUAGAUGAUCCAUAUGCCUGUAUUUAUGGUACGGUUUAUAUUGUUGACAUGUCCCAAAUAACUACAGGGCACAUACUGCAAUUAACCCCGCCCUUUGUAAUGAAGGUAGUUACCUAUUAUGAGAACACACUGCCAUUGAGGGUAAAGGCCAUCUAUUGUAUAAAUGUACACAAAUUGGCGGAACAGCUAUUGAAACUGAUAUUAUCGUGUAUGGGUGAGAAGUUGAGACGAAGGGUCUUUAUUUGUGGUAAAAAUUUCGACAGCAUAUAUCAGGGCCUUCCGCAAAAAUACUUCCCUCAGGAUUAUGGUGGUGAAAAUGGUCGUUUGGAGGACUUGUGUGCCGAUUUUAAUAAGAAAUGGAAUGAAUAUCGUGAAUAUUUUCAGGAUAAUAUUCAUUAUGGGACUGUUGAAAGUUUACGCACUGGAAAACCCAUCGAUUUUGAUGGAUUAUUCGGUAUGGGAGGCUCGUUUAGGAAAUUGGAUGUAGACUGA